AUGAUCACACACAAGACCCUCGCCAGCAUGAAGGAUGUACCCGGCGGCGAGCAACUGCUGCCAGUGCACGACAUGCUCAAACACGACGCCAGCCGCCGCUCCGUCGGUACACUGAUCACACACAAGACCCUCGCCAGCAUGAAGGAUGUACCCGGCGGCGAGCAACUGCUGCCAGUGCACGACAUGCUCAAACACGACGCCAGCCGCCGCUCUGUCGGUACACUGAUCACACACAAGACCCUCGCCAGCAUGAAGGAUGUACCCGGCGGCGAGCAACUGCUGCCAGUGCACGACAUGCUCAAACACGACGCCAGAUACUCGGCCCUGGAUCACGUGCCGGAGGAGCGGGCGACGCUGGUGGCCGGGUACGUGGCCGAGCUGGCGCAGCGCGGCCCGCCGCCGCCGCCCACCGCCACCGAGCCGCAGCGGCGCGCCAAGCAAUACUCGGCGCUGGAGCACGUGCCGGAGGAGCGGGCGACGCUGGUGGCCGGGUACGUGGCCGAGCUGGCGCAGCGCGGCCCGCCGCCGCCGCCCACCGCCACCGAGCCGCAGCGGCGCGCCAAGCAAUACUCGGCGCUGGAGCACGUGCCGGAGGAGCGGGCGACGCUGGUGGCCGGGUACGUGGCCGAGCUGGCGCAGCGCGGCCCGCCGCCGCCGCCCACCGCCACCGAGCCGCAGCGGCGCGCCAAGCAAUACUCGGCGCUGGAGCACGUGCCGGAGGAGCGGGCGACGCUGGUGGCCGGGUACGUGGCCGAGCUGGCGCAGCGCGGCCCGCCGCCGCCGCCCACCGCCACCGAGCCGCAGCGGCGCGCCAAGCAAUACUCGGCGCUGGAGCACGUGCCGGAGGAGCGGGCGACGCUGGUGGCCGGGUACGUGGCCGAGCUGGCGCAGCGCGGCCCGCCGCCGCCGCCCACCGCCACCGAGCCGCAGCGGCGCGCCAAGCAAUACUCGGCGCUGGAGCACGUGCCGGAGGAGCGGGCGACGCUGGUGGCCGGGUACGUGGCCGAGCUGGCGCAGCGCGGCCCGCCGCCGCCGCCCACCGCCACCGAGCCGCAGCGGCGCGCCAAGCAAUACUCGGCCCUGGAUCACGUGCCGGAGGAGCGGGCGACGCUGGUGGCCGGGUACGUGGCCGAGCUGGCGCAGCGCGGCCCGCCGCCGCCGCCCACCGCCACCGAGCCGCAGCGGCGCGCCAAGCAAUACUCGGCGCUGGAGCACGUGCCGGAGGAGCGGGCGACGCUGGUGGCCGGGUACGUGGCCGAGCUGGCGCAGCGCGGCCCGCCGCCGCCGCCCACCGCCACCGAGCCGCAGCGGCGCGCCAAGCAAUACUCGGCGCUGGAGCACGUGCCGGAGGAGCGGGCGACGCUGGUGGCCGGGUACGUGGCCGAGCUGGCGCAGCGCGGCCCGCCGCCGCCGCCCACCGCCACCGAGCCGCAGCGGCGCGCCAAGCAGUGA